AUGAAUGACGAGAAUUCGAACCUGUGCUCUACGAUUGAGUUUGCUAAGAGGCUGGCCAAGAUCGACGCCGACGACAUCUCACAUUCUACCAAUCGCAGCGAGAGGACAAGUCUGUCUUCCCGCAGAUCAAGCCUUGCUCCCAAACCACCACCAAAGCCGCCACAUCUUCAUUCGGUUUCCUCACGCGCUGACAUUAGACAACCUUUGCGAGAGACCUCAGCUCUGCGCCGCUCUGUCGAAGUCGAUUGGCUGAACCGAGACGCGAAUCUGGAAGGCGAUCACAAAGUCGAAUCCCUUAAAGGCCAAGGAUGCUUUCCACAAGAAAGCGUGGAUAUUCAUGACACUUUCAAGUCAACACGCUCGAGAAGGAAGAUGUUUGACGAUUCGACAUUCAACGAUGAGAACCAAAAGCUUACAUCUCAACACAGCACCAAAUCCGACAUAUCAGUCGAAUUUGGACUAUCCUCUAUGUUGGCAAAAUAUCAGAAACCGGCGAGUUCUGCUUGGAAACACCUCUCUUCAGGUAGUAUCGGGUACGAGCAAAAAUCGAACGAUCAUAGUUCCCCUUCCUCUACCAUCAAGGCACCAUCUAGCCGGAAUAAAAUUGCCGAUGUACGCACGAUAUAUACUCAUCUUCAACAUACCAGCGUCCCACAGUCUCGUACCGAAUAUCCGCUUCUAGAUGAUGCAAAGGAAGCUCAAUUACUUGAGACUGAAUCAAUCACCGUACUGCAAGCAAUAACCAAUGGAAGCUUUCUCUCUGAUGAUACAAAAGCUCAACAACUCUCUACACCAUCCACAAGUUCUGGAGCUCGGCCGAGUUCCGACGAGCGAAGCAGCGCGGGUAAAAAGGAAUUUGAAGAGACCAUAGACGCACGUUCAUGGAAAGUGCAGAGUGGAACCGUUGAAAGCAACUUGAAUGAUUCAAGGGAGUCUUGUUCUCUCGAUAUGAUUGACCCGCGAUUAUUGUCAUCUUCAUCCAUGACCACAUCUACAUAUUGUACGGAGAACCAGCUUUCAGUACCUUUGGAUAUACGCUCACUCGAAUCCACUCAAAGCCUCAGUCAAGACACGGGUCCGUCGAUAGUCGACAAUGAGAUACAAACUCGAGACGUCGAAUCGCAUGCAAGAGCCGUUCCAGAAGAAUCCGGACGAAUCGCGGCUCAAAGUGCACGAAAUCAUCUCGGGACUAGAAAUUCAUUGAGUGGACCAAGAAUCCUGUUUGAUGUAUCUGAAGGAAAAGAAACGAUGCGAGGUCAGAUUUCAGACAGUCUUUUGGACGUAAAAGCGAUAUCACCCACACAAAUAGACAGUGCUAAUUUCGGGGAUACAUCUUCACCCACACAAAAUAAAGCCGGAGGAUACGAUCUCGAAACCGAUCCUGUUCCUGACAUCAAUACCAAAGGGAUUGAACAAUCAUCAGAGGACGUCACUCCACAUAAGCAUAUACCGAAUCCAUCGAUCAAAACCUCGAAUCUGCUCGAAAGGGCGCCACAGUCUCCAUCAGCUUUUGAUGGCUCCCCCGUACAUUUAGCAACACCCAAAAUGUCUCGCAAAAGAACUAUGUACCAUGCUGGAGAAAGUCCGGUAAGCAAAUUAUGCUCACCGGUUGCCGAUCCGUCAGUUUCUGUUACCAAGGACGUCGGCGCGAUCUUUAGAACAUACGGCAUGAGUGGUACAGCCUGCUCAGUCACUGCAUCAGACGCGAUUAUUGCAGCUCGUGCGAAGGCACUUCCCGAUAUCCCAAGAAAGAAUAUCCCCAAUAACCAGCAACGUACAGGUCGUGGUAAAACCUUCUCCUGGGCGCCGAUUUUCCAAGGCAAGGAUCCAGAGGCUUCGGUUGCGCAAACUUACAUCCUUGAAGGCCCAUCAGAAGAUCAAUCUAAUUCUUUAGACCAACGCAUCGAUGUAUCUGAGGGAGAAAAAGAGAGGUACGAGAUCGGCUUCGGACCUAGAUGGAAGUCGACAGGCCCUCUUUUCUGUGUAAAAGUCCAUUCUCCCGAGACACGUCGAGAUCAAUCAAACACGAUCCACACUGUAUACGCUAUCACUUCCAGCUUUGUCUCUGGUCAAGAAACUCCCGCUCUCGAAGUGACGGUUGAUCGAAGGUAUUCGCAUUUUGAGAAACUCGCACUCAUCUUGCAAGAGAUUUACGGAGAAGUCUUAGUACUUCCGAACUUGCCAGAAAAGAGAUUUGCGGGCAGGUUCUCGGCUCAGUUCAUCGAGCUAAGGCGAAGCGGAUUGGAAAGAUAUCUUACUCGACUGAUACGCAACCCAGUAUUACGAUAUUCUCAUUUCAUCACAACAUUCCUUGGUUGUGAAGAUGAUGAGGAGUUCGAGAAACAGGCUGCCGAAUGGAAGGAUCUAAUAAAGGCCGUUGACGUUAUAUCGACAGACCCUCAUCCUCAAAAUUCACACAUCCCAGCCAUCCAAUUCUUCUCUAGGGUCUAUCAUCCUGAUUAUAAUGUCGAUCCCAUCGACACUCAUUACGCUAUCGGGGCCUUCAGUAAACAUAUACGUUCUCUUGAAGUAGGGAGGGGUAUAACUAAUGUAGAACAGAGCUUCACAAAAGUUAGAGCGAAUAUGCAAGAUUUAUCUACCAAUCUACAUGAUAUGUCACAAGAACUGAAUCGGCUAGCCGCAGGACUAGCUUUACCUUCUCGAAAACUUGAGUCGAAUGAUGACCUCCAUCGUAAAGAUGAAUCUGAUGAAGAAGAGGAAAAUAGGGUUCAGGUAGAAUCGAGUCUUAAAUUAAGCUUUCAAAAGGACGACAACUUCCAUGAAGAAAACACUGUGGCCCCAUUUUCUGAAGAAGCAUUGAAGACUUUGAGACGAAAGGGACAAAACGCACGACUUCAAAACUCGGAGGGCGCCUUAUGCUGGAAGAAAAAUUGUCAAGAUUGCUUGAGCAUGACAAAGGCUUUACAAUUGAUGGGACAAACGAUUGAGGAAAUUUCUAGGUCCUAUUCUAUUAGCGGUGUAGACCAAUUGGCGCCAGUGGAAGCAUUGUUGAAAGAGAUAUCCUGUCCAUUAACAGAUUACCAUACCUUGUGUAAAUUAGGCGUGUCUGUUGAGAUUGAUGAGACUCUUGAAACAGAGCAGUCUCAAGAUGAAGUUGAAGAUCGAAGGGACACCGUCCUAAAUGUGAUAAUGUGUGAGAUUGACAGACAUCAUGAGGAACGAAAUCAAGAUCUACGAGACAUUUCUGCUCGUUUUGUCGACUCUCAACUCCAAUUACAUCACCAGGCUUAUACAAAGUUGCAGGAACUCAAGAAUUGCUUCACAGAACCUGAAUAUACCCGACUUGGAACAUCAGGUCCUCGAGCACCAAAUUCAGAAGAAAGAAGGUUAUUGGCAGAAGCUGCGAAACAUCAAACAUCAAAUACUAUGUUGGAUUGGGUUCAAAGUGCAGUCAAUCGACCACGUGCUCUAAGCGUGACUAGUAACAGUACUGCUCGCUCAAAUGCUUUAUCAACCAUCUUUACACAGCCUGUCUCUGCGGCAGUCACAUCAGUCAUGGGUCUGAGGAAUUUGUUUCAUGGAUCGGGGUCUUGA